AUGGAGCACCCAGCUGCUCCGUGCGAGACAGAGUCUUCCGGCAAGAGUAGAUCAGAUGUCGUGGAGCCUGCCGUCCCAGACGAAACUGUGACCUUCCGCACGAGUAGGCCAGAUAUCGUUGGGCCCGAUGUCCCAGAAGACCCGUUCCCAAUUAAAUUGUCUGGUCCUGUACAACAUGGUUUCGGUAGGGGGGGCAAAGACCUCGGAUGUCCGACUGCAAAUCUUCCUGAUGACUCCCUCCCACCCAUGAUCGAUGCUGCAAAGACCGGAGUCUAUUAUGGCUAUGCUCAAAUCACCCCUCCCGAGGGCUCAUCAUCAUCGUUAUUUGACCAAGACACCUGCGUCUUGCCCAUGGUCAUGAGCUUUGGGUGGAAUCCUUUCUACAAAAAUGAGCGCAUGACUGCAGAAAUUCACCUAUUGCACGAGUUUAAGAGCGAUUUUUAUGGAUAUGAUAUGAAGUCUUUGGUGUUGGGAUAUAUCCGUCCAGAACUGCAGUAUACUUCACGAGAAGCACUUAUAGAUGACAUAGAGGUCGACAAGAAGGUCGCACUCAAGUCCUUGGCAAGGCCAGGAUAUGAGAAGUUCACGUCGGACCCAUUCUUCACGAUCACUAGCGGAGCACCAAACAUUUAG